AUGCGUUUCUCCCAAUUCUUGCUCCCCCUCGCGAUCGCCCCUCUGGCCCUGGCUGCCCCCGAACCCGCUCCGGUUCCCAAUCCCAUUGCUGCACCCGCACCCGACAGCACCGGCCUGCUAUCCGAGCUGCCAACCAUUUUGAGCGGCGUCAAGGAACUCCUCAGUCAGGAUACCAUCACCAAGCUGGAGACCAUCGUCGACGGGGCGGCCAAGCUGCUGUCUUCGGAUAACAUCGUCGUGCUGCAGGACAUUCUGGGCAAUGCGCACACCUUGUUAACAAAGGAGUUUGUGGACAAUACGACAACUCUGAUUGGGGAUGCUACACCGCUUGUGGAGGAUGUUUCUAAGCUUCUGGGUGGUGUGCUGGGCGCACUAUAA